AUGGCGGCGGCGGAGUCAAACCAACUCAGCACCCUUGUGGCCAACAUGUUCACUGCGGGUUUACUGGACGAUCAGUUCCGGCAGCUUGAGAUGCUCCAAGACGAGGGCAACCAAGACUUCGCUGCCAAGGUUGUCAUGCUUUUCUGCGAGGAGGGUGAGCAUAUCAUUGGCGAGCUCGCCAAGCAAUUGGACCAACCAUGUGUGGACUAUGGCAAGGUGGACACAUUUGUGGAUCAACUCCGGGGAAACAGUGCAUG